CAUCUGUGGAACACUCUGCUUCCCCAGCCCCAGUAAACACCAGGCUGUGGUCACUGGGUAGGGACAAAGGUCCCAGGAGGUGGCCCUGUCACAGUCAGGCACUGCUGACUCUGGGACGCAGGACCUGGACCUGGCGUGGCCUUGGGAGGAUGUCUCUUCCCCUGGGCUCCCCUUCGAUGCGUUCGGAGCCCGACCCCGGGGGGCACAGCCGAGACCUUGAAGUGCAGCUUGCCUGCGCGGAACACCCCCGUUAGUAGGAGCCGGGAGCUGGUAGAGUCUGCCUGCGGCGACGCCACUGGCACGGCCAGGCCAGCAUGGUGGACCACUUGCUGCCAGUGGACGAGACCUUCUCGUCGCCGAAAUGCCCCGUGCGGUAUCUAGGCGACAGGCUGGCGGGCGGGCGGGCGUACCACAUGCUGCCCUCGCCGCUCUCGGAGGACGACAGCGACGCCUCCAGCCUCUGCUCCUGUGCCAGCCCCGACUCCCAGGCCCUCUGCUCCUGCUACAGCAACGGCCUGGGCUCCGAGGGCCAGGACAGCAUCUUGGACUUCCUGCUGUCCCAGGCCACACUGGGCAGCGGCGGCGGCGGUGGCAGCCUGGGUGCCGGUGGCGGCCCCGUGGCCUGGGGGCCCUGGCGGAGAGCGCCUGCGCCCGUGAAGGGGGAACACUUUUGCUUCCCCGAAUUUCCCGUGGGGGACCCCGAUGAGGUCCCGCGGCCCUUCCAGCCUACCCUGGAGGAGAUCGAAGAGUUUCUGGAGGAGAACAUGGAGCAGCCGGGGGCCAAGAAGGUUCCAGAGAGUCACCUGAAGGACCUGGAGACAUGUGGGCAGCAGGCAGCCGGGCCUCACCGGAGCCUCCUGCACCCGGGCUCUGGGGGGAGAGAACGCGGGGCUCUGCCUUCGGGGGCCAACAGCAGCGCGGGGGGCAGCCAGAGCCCCGGGGGCGGGGCGGCCCCCGAGGGCCCCAUCCCGGUGCUGCUGCAGAUCCAGCCAGUGCAGGUGAAGCAGGAGCCUGGCCCCGAGCCCGUGUCCCCUGGGCAGGCCCCGGAGAGCAUCAAGGUGGCGCAGCUCCUGGUCAACAUCCAGGGCCAGACCUUCGCGCUGGUGCCCCAGGUGGUGCCCUCCUCCAACCUGAACCUGCCCUCCAAGUUCGUGCGCAUCGCCCCCGUGCCCAUCGCUGCCAAGCCCCUGGGGGCGGGACCUUUGGGGCCUGGCCCCGCCGGCCUCCUCAUGGGACAGAAGUUCCCCAAGAACCCGGCGGCGGAACUCAUCAAAAUGCACAAAUGUACUUUCCCCGGCUGCAGCAAGAUGUACACCAAAAGCAGUCACCUCAAGGCCCACCUGCGCCGGCACACAGGCGAGAAGCCGUUCGCCUGCACCUGGCCAGGGUGCGGCUGGAGGUUCUCGCGCUCAGACGAGCUGUCCCGGCACCGGCGCUCGCACUCGGGCGUGAAACCCUACCAGUGCCUCGUGUGCGAGAAGAAGUUCGCGCGGAGCGACCACCUCUCCAAGCACAUCAAGGUGCAUCGCUUCCCGCGCAGCAGCCGGGCCGUGCGCGCCGUCAACUGAGCGCCCGCGCGCGUGCCCGCGCCAGCCCCGCCAGCCCCGCCCGCCCGACCCCCACCCCGCCCCGGUAUUUUGUAGCAAUAAUUUAUUUGCCUUCUUCAGAGGGUCUUGACGAUGUUACCAGCCACCUUCUGAAGCCCGAGGUGCAGGAAGAGGAGGGGUGGGGGGUGGGGGGCUGGUCCGGGCAGGUGUGAACCCCGAGUUCUCCACCCCCCAUCACCUCCAUCACCCGCUGCCGCCGCCUCUCUGGAGACUUGGCGCCUGCUCCCACGUCCCUGGGGGCUGGGUCCCCAGGGUCCCCCUCCACCCCCAUGGGCUGGAGGCUGGCCUUGGUGCCUUCCUGCCUUCGUGCCUUCCAG